AUGGACGUACCUCCUGAUAUUGCAAGUGUGAUAAAGAAGACCGCUGCAUAUGUGUUCAAGAACGGCACAAGCUUUGAGGAAAGAUUAAAGAAGAAUAGUACUAAUGAACAGUUUGAGUUUCUUGAUGACCUGAAUAAAUAUUAUCCUUACUACCAACAGCAGUUAGCAAUUCUUUCAAAGAAUUCACAACCUGGUUCUAAUGACUCUCUCUCUGAAACUCCUCCAGUUCGGGUUCUACGAUCAGAAUCCACACCUAUCACUGUUCGACCAUUAAGAUUCAUCACCAGAUGGGAUCAACCUCCGUUGGCAUAUGACGACCAGAUAAUGAAGCUAACAGCGAUGUUUGUGGCUAAGAAUGGCGAUGAAUAUGGCUCAGCAUUGUAUGAGCAUAAGAAGUCAGAUGGCAAUGGACCUCAGUUUGCCUUUAUGGAUACAGGCCACACCUAUUACCCAAACUAUAUCAACUAUGUUGAAAGCUAUCGCAAGAUUAUCAAGUAUAUGGAGGAAGGAGAAGAUAACAUGGAAGAGCUAUUGGAUAUCAAUGAUGAUCAAGAACCCCUCCAACGAGGAAUACUUCGAGCGUUGUAUAAAAAACACAAUAGACAAGCCAAAAAGGCUUCAAAAGAGAAGGAAAAACAACAGAAGUUGAAUUUUGCUUCAAUAGAUUGGCAAGACUUUGUGUUUGUUGCUCGGAUUGAAUUUGAUUUAAUUGAUCAAGUGAAAGAGUUGGCUGUUCCCGUCACUCGAGAUAGUUUGAUCAACAGAUCAUUACAAGCCAAAUCAGAGGAGGUGGAGCCGAAGAAAAAGGAAGAAAUGGUACCAGAAACAACGGAACCAGAAACAAAGGACGAUCCACAGCGAAACGACGACACGCAAUCAAAGGUAUUUAAAGGAAUGAAGAUUAAAGCCGCUGGAGAAUCGAGAUUAAAGAAGCCACUUAGCUCAACUAGAACUAUCACUUGUCCACUCACAGGGAGACAAAUACCAGAGCACCAAUUUGAAAGCCAUAUACAAGUGCUACUUCGUGACCCCAGAUAUAAAGAACAACAAGAUAAUUACAUUAAGAAGAACUUCUCUCACAGUUCAAACAUCACCACUGAUCAAGUGUAUGAGAAUAUUGUUCGACUCACAAGCAAGAAGAGACCCGCACAAGAACAAGAGCAAGACCGGAAAAAGGUUCAACAAGGUCAGGUCCAUAUUGGACCAACAACAUAA